ACCACUCUUCUGGUAAUUGAUCUCAAUACUCCGGUUAAUAUGAGUUCCGCAAAACAGUUAGCGAUCGAAGCGGGGGUUGACAGACUUCACUGCUUCGUUAAGCGGGGAGGUGACAAGAUGGUGUCCUUUACAAGCUGCGCGAAAUACGACGAUACCUGGACGUUGCAUGUGACAGAUGGAAUUGAUGUAUGGCGCCUUGAAAUGGACAAGAAAGAAGUUGAUUCACAUAAAGAAUUAGCCGACAUCAAAACAUACGACGUAUUCUUUGCAAAAAUUAAAUCUGCAUUUGAAUCCAGUGACUUGGAUGUCGCAACCCAAGGUCAUGGGGUCACUCUGACAGUCGGGAAAGGGGGUUCAACUUUGAACUUUGACCUCUAUGAAGCGACUGCCAGUAAACGUAAAACUGACCUGCAAAACAUUUUGUUACACCUUGCUGCCACGGCAACCAGUUUGAAAAAAGAUUUGAAAAGUACAGCCGAAGAACUUGAUAGAGUGAAAAAAGAGAAAGGUUCUGGACUGUCAAUGGUGUCAACGUUUUAUGAUCCGGAUGCAGGAAGAAAGUCGGGGACCAAAGAUUCCUAAAAAACAGGGAAGAAGUUUGAUUAAUCCCCAAAGUAAACGUAUUAAAGUUAAAAAAGGAGUAAAUUUUGAAGAAGACUGAAAAUGAUUAUUUUCUGUAA